UAGCGUUUGUAUUUUGAGUCAUGUGAUAUGAGUUAGGAUUUUGCAUCGUUGUUGGUUUAAGGUCUAAUAGCUAAUAGUUUUGCUAUAUUAACUACGUCUUCUGCUGUGAAUCAGCUUAGCAUUUGGAGGAAAGCUAGCAGUUGGUUAAGCUAACUAGCUGCUCCAAAGGGGAGGGAUAAAAGGUAAAGGGACUCUGACAGGAGAGCUCAAAAUAAUGGACAAGAUCGCUAAAGAUGUGGGUGAUAUCCAGUCACGACUGCUGGACCACAGACCGGUCAUCAAUGCAGAGAUCCGCUACUUUAUGAGAGAGUUUGAGGAAAAGCGGGGGUACAGGGAGAGCCGUCUGCUGGAGAACAUCAAUAAAAGUGUGCUGGAAACGAACGAGCAAAUGUCGCCAGCAAAUUUCGAGGACAUGAAACAUCAGCUGUCUGAUAUCAAUAAACGGUUGGAGGCUGCUAAUCACAUGGCAGAGAGAGUCCAGCAGAGGGAGCUAGAGGCCCAACAGGGCACCCGCCUAAAGGCGAACAUGGAGCAGCUGAAAGAAGACUGGGCCGAGUUCCUGAAGGAGCAGCAGAGAUUAAAGGAGGAGGUGGAUGAAGAGCACGCACGGGCUGUAGGACAACUCAGCGCUAAAUACAACGAAAAGAAGAAGGAGCUGGCCAAGUUUACGCUCUGAUCUGCUGAUGUUCACAUGAGGAUGCGAGUGCACAAUGUGCCCUCUCUUAUUCAGUGAAUACAGUCGGUCCUGCACGCCUGUGUUACACAUGCUAAACAAAACUACUGACUUUGCUCUGUGUGCUUGAUGAAAUAUGAAAGCGUGAUUAACAACUUGUUGUUUUCACAGGCCCUCAAACUCAAGCACAUGGAAUAUGUACAGCAUUUAAAAAAAAGAAAAGAAAAAGCCUGGAAUAUGUCAUUUUUAAACAAGCAGUCAUUUGAUUGUUCGUUGGCUGUGAGGUUUUCAACAUUUUAAGGUUUUUAAUGGAUGCCUGCCUGAAGAGUCCUGAUGGUAAAUUAACAUCGUGUCGAAAGCAGCCUUGAGUUUGGCACCGCGGGGAGAUGUUCCGAGCACUUAAAGCGAGGUCGUUAAACGCUCGAGAAGCCUUGUGCACAGGUGUGCGUGAAGAAGAAACCGUCUCUCACCACCUCUGCUGUGUUUGGAACAUGUCACCUCUCAAUUUAGCUACAGGUCAACAAACUGUCACGAUAAAAGUUUUUUGCUGAAACCGAUAUGCAGCAGCAGCUUAUGUUGUUUUUUUCUUUCUCCUGUCACCUCAAAUCGAAUAUUCUUAUAUGAAAACAAAGAAAUUGUUUUUCUGGCUUUAAUCUCCCUGUAGCCCUGUAUGGUCGUCAGGCUUUGUGUGUAGUGUUCCUAACAAGUGUAAGUUUGAGCCUAUGAGCACAAUAGCAUGUAAAUGUAGUGAUAUUAACUGGAAAAGAACUAAAAUACUUGACCGUGACCAACAUGCUCUGCUUUUAAUGAAGUGUUUUGUUUUCUCGCACGGUGGCACACUUCGGGACAGGUUAAUGGAUGGGUGGGUGCACUUGGCACAUUCUUGGCUUGGCUGAGAACAGAGUUCAUCUCAAAGAACGUAGACAGAGAAAUAUUUAACAGAACCUCCCCUUAAACGCCUGCACUCCCUUCAAACUGCACACACACCGGACGUCUGAAUAGCCACGUUUAAUGAUUCCACGAGGAAGCGCGCUUGGACAACAGAUCACUCAUCAACUGCAGCAACGCAUCGUUUUCGUUGGAACUUUUAAGAACCGAGACCUUCCGCAGACUUGUGACAUUCUGGCAUUCAGCUGGCGGAGAGCCGUCUCCACUGCUCUUGUGCAAGGACCCUCUCUGUGCUUUCUGCCUGAGUCUGUGCAAGUCAGAGCCGGGCACUAUGGUUGGCACGUCACGAGAGAUCGCAGAGGGCACAGACGUGCCAGCUGAUGUUUGAGCAAAAGGCCAGCGCUGCUCUGUUCAGUGCAUGUCUGCAUGCCAACGUAUGCUUUCCCUCUGCCCCAGUACUGCAGGUGUCCAACGCGGAGACAACCCAUCAUCAGCUGACAAGGAGUGAAAGUACGGGAACGUGGCCGACCUCUACCAGCGAGCUGAGGUGUUUAUGAUCAUGAGCUUACAGGCUCGGUAUUUACACCUGCUGUAAUGAGUUUUAAUCAUUGUUGUAUAAUGUCAGGUUAAAAAAUAAAGUUAAUUCAACAAAACUG